AAGUUGUAAAUUUGGUGUUAAUUUUCUACUUUAUUUCUUCAAGUACUCACUACUCUUUGGGAACUAGUACGUGUUAUGAGCUUAAUUUGCUUAAUUAACUUUAUUGUUAAUUAUUUAAACAAUUUUAUUAAUGGGUUAGUAUUCCUUUCGCUUUUAGUUAGAUUCUAUUCAUAAGUACAUAAUUUAAUGACUUCAUCCUAUCAUGUGUUCGUAUUUAUUUGGUCAUUAUAAUUUCGGCAUUAAUUCUCUGCCCCAACCAUUUUCAUGAUCUACUUGUUUCCUCAAACUAACUUCUAAUUAAUACUACUGCCAUUCACCUAAUUGGUUUCUUACUUUUGUAUCUUCUCCACGCUUUGUUGUAUGGAGUACUAAUUUUAGAUUGUACUAUGAUUUGUUCAUUUAAAAGAAUGGGGAAAAUGAAAUGCAUCACCAUGGCUUGUCUACUGAUUUUCACUCUUGUUGUGAUGAAUAUUCAUCACGUCCACGGAGAUAUCAAUGUCACUGUUACUUUUCUCGCCAGUGCCAUAUCGAAAGGAGCAGUUUGUCUAGACGGAAGUGCACCGGCUUACUCGUACGUUGAGGGAUUCGGAACCGGAUCUCAUAGUUGGAUAGUUUAUUUGGUGGGUGGUGGAUGGUGUAACCAUAUAUCCGAUUGUCGCGCCAGAUCAAGUUCGAGGUUAGGGAGUAGUCACUUGAUGGCUUCUCAAACCACCUUCUCGGGGAUACUGGAUUUCGAUUGUGCUUCUAAUCCGGAUUUCUGCAAUUGGCAUAAGGUUUUCAUUUAUUACUGUGAUGGUUCCUCAUUUAUGUCGGAUAUUGAACACAGCCAUGCAAACCUCACGUUUAGGGGUGCAAGAAUAUUUAACGUUAUGAUGGAAGAAAUGCUCGCUAAAGGAAUGCGAAAUGCUCGGAAUGCUAUACUGACAGGGACCUCAGCGGGUGGACUAGCAACAAUCUUGCAUUGCGAUAAGUUUCGGAAACUGUUUUCCGAUGAGAUUCGAGUCAAGUGCAUUUCCGAUUCUGGAUUUUUCAUUCACGCAAAGGGUCACCAUGGAUACAAGAGCAGGGAACAGUUUUUUGGUGAUGUGAUUACAACACACAAGUUGGCCAAGUCCUUGCCUUCAACGUGCACAUCAAAGAGGAAGUCGAGUUUGUGCUUCUUCCCUGAAUAUUUGGUUGAGGAUAUCCAAACGCCACUUUUUGUACUAGAAUCAGCUUUUGAUCGAUUUCAGCUAACAUCACUCGUACUAGGAGGAGUCACAAAUUGCACCAAUAACUUAAAGAGCUGCAGCUCUACUGAAUUAGGAAUUAUGAGAGAUUUUCGAAGGACGUUUAUAAAGACAUUAGCGCGACGAAUCCACAACUCUCCGAACAGAGGACUGUUUGUUCAUUCUUGCUAUCUUCAUGACCAUGUCCUCAAAUCAGAUGAAUGGACAUGUCUCACAGUUGCAAAUAGAACGAUGAGGCAAGCAGUUGCAGAUUGGUAUUUUGAUCGAAGUUCUUUCCGAGAAAUAGAUACUAAAAGUGACUCGCCAAAAAACUGUACCAAUUCCUUUUGUGAGUAGUUGGUAUAUAAUCCAAUAAGAUUUUCCAUUUGCUAACUACUUUUUCCUCUGAAUCAACUAAAACUCCUACCUUUCCCUUAUCCAAUGUAAUCUUCUUUAUAUUCAUAAAAAAAAUAAGUGUAUGCUUCAUAUUUUCAAA